AUGAUGGAUAUUGAUAUGAAUCAAGAUGAAACAUUAGAUGAAACAUUAGAUGAAACAUUAGAUGAGUCGAAUGAUCGGUUGACAUUAAAUCAAACAAUUAAAAUAUUAUCAAUUGCAGAAAAACAAAUAACAGAUGGUUUUGAUAUUAUGGAGAUGGAAGUAAUGAAUUUUUUCGGAUAUUUAAAGGAUAUAUGA